AUGAAAUCAGAUCUAAAAACAUAUCGCUCCAAAGUUUUAUUUGAGUGUAAAGACGGAGCUAGCCUAUAUUCCAUACCAUGCACAGAUAAUCUAUCCACUAUUAAGUUUACAGAACGAAACAAAAUAUGGCAAGGAUCAUUACUAUUCAUCGAGGAAGAACAAUUAUCCAACUCAUAUAUGGAAGGAUUUGAACAAACGAAAAACGAUAAGUUCAUAAUCCAUCCAUUUUUGAAAAUGAAAAGUAAAUUAGAAUUUCGAAAUGGACGAUAUCUAUGGGGAGAAACAUGGUAUUGUCCCGUUGUUGAAGAUUUAAAUUUAUCCACAACGACUGCAACUAAUGUUGAUGUACAAAAAGUUACCAAAAUAAGCCAUGAUGGAACCAAUACUAUUGAACAAAUUUCAAGUAAUAAAUUCAAAGUGAUAGUUCAACUACCAAAUUCAGGAUAUAAACCAUAUUACCGUAAUCAUUCACCAGAUGAUUUACCCCAAGUUGCACUCGGAUUGGAAUUUGAAAAUCCCGAUAUGGCUGCUCAAUUUGAAUAUAUGUUGGCUGUUUAUGAUGCUAGAUUCAAAUAUGAACUGCAACUGUAUUAUUAUGAUCGAAUGGUAUAUGCUGUAAAUAUAAUAAAUUUCAAAACUAUUAUGCAAGAACAGGAAGAAGAGGAAGAAGAAGACAUUCAUGAGUUGACUGAAGAGUUUAAAAAUCAGAAUAUUACUGAUGAGUUUAGCUAUUAUGAAAAAACUUCAAAAGAAUUAGAAGAGUUUGAAAAAGAAAAUGCUAACAAGUUUGACCACGAUACUAAUGAUGAUGAUGAUGGUAAUGACGACGAGGAUGACGAUUUUGGAGAUUUUAUUGCAUGUUGA